CACGGAACUCAAAUUCAAGAAAUUCGUGGCCGUAACGGCCCAUAUGGCCGCGUUAGAAUUAUGAAUUCCAGAGAAUAUUUUGAAAGCAUUAGGCAUUAUUCGACACUUGAAGAGGGGUCAGGAGUGGCUGAUCUGUUAACAAUAAGGAAAACUGCCAUGAUUCAACAUUUAGCUGUACUCUUUCAACAGAAACCAAGAAUAGAAGACGAUGUUAAGAGGUAUUUGUCAGCACCGUGGGACGAUAUUGUUAUACAGUAUAUAAAGUGUAUUAUAGCUAUGCAUAACAGAAAGUUUGCGGAGGCCUUCGAUGAACAUUAUAGCAUGGUCCAUUCUUUGACAAUCAAUUCAACAAUAAAGAACCUUUCAAAGAGCGUUUUCACAACAGUUUGGGCGUUGGUCUUUGCCGAUAUUUCGGACUUGAUUUUUAUGGUGGCAGAAAAACCACCUAAAAAUUUAGAAAUAGCAGCUCGCGCAAUUAAUAAAUCAUUUUCAUUGUGCAUAACAGACAGAGCUGCAUUAAACGUCUCUCGUAAAUGGGGGACUUAUUAUUUUGCGGGACUCUUGAAGCCCCACUACGUUUUUGUUUAUCCGUUAAAUAUUGUAGAAAUUAUAGCAGAUAA